CGUGUUGUUGUAUGCCACGCCCCAGUCCACCAUAUGAUAUUUGACAUUGACGUUUAAACGUCAAUUUGUAGGUUAUAUUUACUACUUUUUAAAUAAACAAAUAAUGGCAGAAGAGGUGGAAUCCGACGGUGUUACAGAUUCGCCGAAAAAAGGCCCAACGCUGUCGACUUCAACAUCGAGCUUCGAAGCGCUCGAUCCCCACGAUCCCAACCUGAGCCAACUAGCAACCACUAUGUUCACCAAAACCGCCGACUACUUGUACGGUGAAUUAACGGCAACUCAGGAGGAAUACAAGCUUUUAGAGAACAUGAAUAGGGCUACUAUAACAAAGUACUCCGACAUGAAGCACAUUGCUACAAACAUUGCUAAAAGCAUAGGGGAACUGAAUGAAAAAUAUACGAGUCUGCAGCCUUACUUAGAUCAAAUUGACCAAAUUGAGGAUAGUAUCGCGAAACUCGAACAGGCGGCUUACAAGUUAGAUGCUUACUCGAAACGGUUGGAGGCCAAGUUUAAGAAUUUGGAAAAGCGGUGAACUGUGAUUUAUUGUUGUUUGUAUAGGAAGUGUUAAUUAUACGGUCGUUUUUUAUGUUG